CAUUCGUGAAUAUCCGGGUAAUGUAAACACAUGUUUGUAAGACAUUGCUUUUAGGGAAUAUUGCUAUAUGUGUUCUUAAAUGUUGCGUAAUUUACCUUUAGAUAGCUUUCGGUCUACAAGUUUGGCGCUUUAUGUUUUAGUCUUAUUUGAUUUUAAAACAUACCACAGAGAGGUAAGAAGGCCCAACUCUACAAUUGAGAGAGCGUUUUCUAUAAGCUUAACGUGAAUUUUGCCAAGCUGACGUUACGUCGUAACAGUUAUAUCUAUUAAGGCGUCAUGUCGUCCUGCUUCGCUCAGAUUCUCCGGACACCAGUCCUUGUUCUGAUGUUUCUAGUUGUCAUAGAGGUGAUAUCACAUGCGCAUGCAGAUAAGAGUUUUGAAGAUGUGCGUUGUAAGUGCAUCUGUCCACCCUACCGAAACAUAAGUGGCCAUAUCUACAAUAAAAACGUGUCCCAGAAAGACUGUAAUUGUUUGCAUGUGGUGGAGCCUAUGCCAGUUCCUGGUCAUGAUGUGGAGGCAUACUGUCUGCUUUGUGAGUGCAAGUAUGAAGAGCGAAGUAGCAACACCAUUAAGGUGACCAUUAUCAUCUACUUGUCGGUUGUUGGAGCUCUUUUGCUGUACAUGCUGUUCCUGCUUCUAGUUGAUCCUCUGAUCCGCAAACAUGAUCCCUACACCAUGCCAUUGCAGAACGAGGAGGACUCUGAGGAUUUGAGGCCUCAUGUGGAUGGUGCUCAGGGCCGUGGGAAUACGGUGCUUGAGAGGGUAGAGGGAGCUCAGCAGCGCUGGAAAAAACAGGUUCAGGAGCAACGCAAGACUGUGUUUGACCGCCACAAGCUGCUCAGCUAAACCCUUCAUCUGAUUGUCAGGGGAACUGGAUCACUGACUGAGGAAACAUGCAUGAUGGUUUUGAAAUUUCAGUUUUUUUUUGCACAUGUUUUGUCACUGAGCCUACUGUCUUUGCAGUGCUAUUAUAAUAGUACGGAGGCUGACUGGAUUGUAUCCUGCUUCCAAACUGAAGCUUGUGCUAACAUGGAAACAUUUUAAUAAGGUUGCUCUGAAAUUGCUUGACUAUUCUAUUUUGCAGUUAAAGGGAGUUGGACAGCUCAGUGUUCAUAUUUACAUUUCUUAACUAAUAUCUUGAAGUAUUAUCCCUGCUUUUCUUUGAAACGGCAUCGCAAAAUAUGUUAUUGCCAUGACUGUAUUCUGGGAACACUGUUGUGGAAUUGUAUAUAAUCUAAAAUACUUGCGGUUUAAAAUGUGUAGAAUGUCAUUGCACUUUUAGUUUCAUUUUGCACUUAUAUGUAAAUGUACAGAUUGAGUAUAUUAUUGAUGAUUGGGUUUUAUGUUUUUAUUUUAGUCUCUACAUUGUUUGCCUAUUGAUAACACAAUAAGGGAUGGCAUAUGUCACAAAUAUAUAUCUUAAAUAUAAAAAAAUUAUCAAGGCAAUAAUUCUGUUAGAUCUUAAGUUAUUGUCCAUAAACUAUAAACAAUAUGUUUGCUUUGAUAUGAUUUAUACAUUUUAUGGUUACUCUUCAGAAAGAUUUUUGGAGCACAAAAUGUGAAGAUAUUUCAAAACGUAAUUUUAUUUAUAACAUUUUUGCUUGAUUAUGGUAUUUGCUGCUACAAUAAUGUCUUUUACAGGUUGUCUCAAAAAAACUUUUAAACCUCUGUUUAUGUGAAAAUUCACUGAAAUAAACACAGAAAAUUGUCAA